UGAAGAAAGGCAUUGGAACAUAUAUAGUAUCCCAAAGUCUUGUCCUUCACUUCCAUAACUUGUUCGCUGCUUCACAUCUGCUACUAUGUCUACAACAACUACCCAAACCACCUCAGUGAAGGUUGACGACCAGAAAGAUCUUUCUCAAUAUGACUUCGCAAACCUCAAGCCAUACGUCCACCCGCCAGAGACGAAGGAAAACCUCAAUUGGUCGGAGCUUGUCACUCUUGAUCUCGAGGACUAUGACCGACCAGGUGGUAAGGAGCGACUAGCGAAACAACUCGAACACGCCGUCCACCAUGUUGGCUUUUUCUACGUCAAAAACUUCGGCCUCGCCCAAGAGCAAGUCGACCAACAGUUCACCCUAGCAAAGCACUUCUUCGAGCUCCCCGUUUCAGAAAAAGAGAAAUACGAAGUCAACUACAAAGCCGCCGACUACAACGGCUGGCGUCGCCCAGGCCGCGCCCUAGUCGCCGACACAAAAGACAACAUAGAAAUUUUCAACAUCCCCAAGUUCACAGACGACUUCAAGGGCAAAUACGACUACCCCGACCUCCUCAAAGCGCACCUCCCCGAGAUCGAGGUCUUCCAGCGAGCACUGCACGCGAACGUCGUCCUGCCGCUUCUCCGCCUAUUCGCCAUCGUGCUCCAGCUCCCAGACGAAGAAUACCUCGUAAAGCAGCACACGUACGACAAGAAGUCAGAAGACCACUACCGCUACAUGAUCUACCACCCGCGCACAGAAGCGCAAUGGGAAGCCUCGAAAUACGGCGCAACAGGCGGCCACACCGACCUCGGAACUGUCACCCUACUCUUCCGCCAACCCGUCGCAGGCCUGCAGAUCCUCGGCGAAGACGGAAACUGGACGUCUGUCAGCGCGCAGCCCGGCACCAUCACCGUCAACCUCGCAGACACCAUCUCGCACCUCACAGGCGGCUGGCUCAAGUCCUCCGUGCAUCGCGUGGUGGCGCCACCCAGAGACCAGUGGGAGUAUAGUCGCACGGGGCUGUUGUACUUCGCGCGCCCGCACAACGAUACGCAGUUGCUGCCUAUUACGGACUCGCUGGUGCUGGAGAAGGCGGGCGUGAAGCCGCGGUUCGAGAAGAUUGUUACAAUGGAGGAGUGGGUGCGCGCCAAGCAGACGCUGCAGUUGAAUCCGGAUAUUGCGGCGAAGCGGUGGGCGGAGAGGGGGGAUGGGAAGGUCGAGGUUCUUGCCGGGUUUCAUGAUCAGAGGUAUAAGGAGUAGAGGAUGGGGUUAGAAAAGAAUAUGAUAGUUUCUCUUGCACACUUCCCAGCAUUGUCUAGGUUGUGUGUGCCUCGAUGUAUUGGACGUUCGUUCUUGAAUUCACGUCUGGGUCAUUGAAAUACUGUGACCAUGGCUAGAAAUUGUAUCAAUCUAUGCAUAAAGCAUAUCAUUGAUAGCUCGAGGCAAU